AUGGUUUCUGUUAAUAACUUACUUUUUAUUGGUUUAGUUGAAUCGAAAAGGGAAAAUGUGGAUGCUUUUCUAGUUAGAAAACUUUGGCCAAAUCUUGAUUUUAGCUAUGACUGGGUUGCUUCUAAUGGUGCUUCAGGGGGUCUUCUUUUAAUUUGGAAUUCGAAUUUAUUAAGUUCUGUUUCAAUUACUAAAGGUGCUAGAUGGAUUUCGAUGGAUUUUGUUUAUGGGAAUAAUUCAUAUCGUCAUGUUCUUUUAUAUGCUAGCAAUGUUGCUUCAGAGAGAGUUCUUUUUUGGCAGGAAAUUCAGUCGUUGUUGGAGUUUCCUGGAAUUGUUUUGAUAAGUGGGGAUUUUAAUGAAGUUCGGCAUCCGGAUGAGAGGCUGAACUGCGCUGGCUUCUCCCUUUCAAUGAUUGCUUUCAAUGAGUUUAUCAAUUCAACUGAAUUAGUUGAUGUUCCGCUGCAGGGUAGGCGAUUUACUUGGCAUAACUCAUAUUCGAGAUCCAGGAUAGAUAGAUGUUUGGUCUCUGCGGCAGUGGGUUUAUAUUGGCUGAAUCUCUCUCUUACUGCUAUGCCUAGAGGAAAAUCUGAUCAUGUUCCAAUUUGUUUCCGCUCCGCUAACAAAUUUGAUUGGGGACCAAAGCCUUUUCGGUCUGUGGAUGCAUGGUGGGAGCAUGAUGACUUUGAUAAUUUUGUUAAAGAGUCUUGGAAUUCAGUCUGUUCUUCGUCCAAUAAUCUUACUCAAAGAUUAAGGGAGCUUAGAACGCGAAUUAAAAAUUGGAAUGCUAAUAUCUUUGUUGAUCAGAAUAAGAAGAUUAAGGACCUAAAUUGUGCUAUUCUUGCUAAAGAGGUGGCUGCUGAUUAUAGGCAACUUUCUGUAGAGGAGGAAAGUGAUUUAGCAAUUCUCAAGAAUGAGCUGUGGGUGUCGGAAAAGAGAGUUGAAUCAUUAUGGAUUCAAAAAUCUCGCUUGAAUUGGAACUUGUCGGGUGAUUGGAAUACUAAAUUCUUUCACAGUAUUGCCUCUCAGCAUCACAGGAAUAACCAUAUUUCUUCGAUACAAGUGGAAGAUAGUCUAUUUGCAGAGCCAGCUGACAUUAGAUUUCACAUUCGAGAAUUUUUUAAUUCUCCUUACUCGCAGAAAGAGAGAGUCACUACAAAAAAAGGGAUGUAA